GCGCUCCUCGCUCCGGGCUCCGCCCCGCCUGGGCUUUCCCUGCUCGCGGUGGGAUCGCUGCUCUGAGCAGCCUGCCCGCGACCCUACGGCUGCUCGCGGCUCGGACGCCAUGGAGGCGGCGCGGGCCGCGCAGAUGGGCGAGGCGGUGGCGGAGAAGGUGCUGCAGUACCGGCAAGACCAGUCUGGCUGGAAGAUUUGCCGGGAAGGCAACGGAGUUUCCGUUUGCUGGAGGCCAUCUAUGGAGUUUCCAGGGAAGCUGUACCGAGGGGAAGGCAUCCUGAAUGGGACCCCCGAGAAUGUGUGGGACUGCGUAAAGCCUCUGGCUGGGACCCUGCGGGACAAGUGGGAUGAGAAUGUGACCAGUUUUGAAAUCAUACAAAGCAUCACUGAUACAUUGUGCAUAAGCAGGACCACCACCCCGUCAGCCGCCAUGAAGCUCAUUUCUCCCCGAGACUUUGUGGACCUGGUGCUGGUCAGGAAGUACGAAGAUGGGACCGUCAGCUCCAGUGCUAUCAGUGUGGAACACCCAUCCUGUCCCCCGAAACCUGGCUACGUGAGAGGCUUUAACCAUCCUUGCGGUUGCUUCUGUGAGCCUCUGCCAGGGGACACAAUCUGCCACGUACUAGGACCAUGGGAAAGGAUUGGGGAAUACACUCAUUCUUUUGGCUGUGGGACUCCCCCCUCCAGCCAUACAAGGCGAGCUGGCAGAUGUCAUGGUCCCAUCCAGCAGGUGAGAACACCCAGGACCAGGGAGGUUAAGUGCCCUGCCCAGGGUCAGAGGCCUAAGAGGUGGGCAGUGUGGGGCCUGAGGGCCAGUCUUCUCUUCUGCUCUUUGAGCUCUGUCCACUAGCCGGGAGCAGCUGGGCGGUCGCGUCCCCAGCCUGUCCACACAGUGCUUGUCCCUCCACAAGGAGGACACGGAGGGGCCUGGGCUAAAGGGCAGUGUGAGAGCACCCAUGAGUUAGCCCUGGACUGAACCCAGUUCUGUCCCCAUUUUCUCAGCGGGUAUGGCCAGGUUUUUACCAGGAGCUUUCUGCAGUAAUAACCUGAAGGUCACUGGUUCUUCCUGGGAAGCACCCAAGGUGACAGUGAAGGAUUUGCACCUGAGGGAGUGGCCCAGUGUGACCCUUGGUCCCAGAACAGACACCAGGCAGGAAGUCUGGCUUCCACCACACAGUCCCUGGGGGAAGAGCCUGGUGCCAGAGAUUUUACUAGAAACCCAAGUCCAGCACUUCCGUGUAAUGCUUUUUGCUAAGCCAACUUUUCAAACAUCUCAUGGAAGACUUACUUUAAACAUAGCAAAACUUUAUGAGUUUGCACAUAGCUUGGCUGCACCCGCCCCCCCCAGCCCUGCACAGACCCUGCACUGGGGGUUUUGGCCGCAGCUCCACUAGCUGAGCGCCCCCCCCCCGCCCCGGCUCCUUGCGCUGCCACCUGGCCGUCGGGCACCGCCCUCUCACCGUGCUGGGUCGUCGGGUGGAGAGGAGCCUUCAGAACGAGAGGCAGAGCCCGCCAGGGCCUGGCUGCCACGCCGUCUUCCCCUGGGGGUGUGCGGCAUGACGGCAGGCUCCUGCCCUGGGCCAGUGGGUCGGUGACUGCGUGGAUCUCACAGAUGGCCUGGUUAGGGCUGGGAGGUGCCACAGAAUCCAGAGAGGGAGAGGUCGGGAUUAGCCACUGACUCGUCGACCCUCGCUGGCCUGACCGACAAGCAUUCCAUGUUCCCGGUCACACUUCCUGUGGGCGCCUGCUGCGUGCGCUCACCCGUGGGGCUGCGGGUCUGAAGCCUGUGUGAUGAGGGUCCCCACCAUCGUGUGGACACCUGUUUUAGGCACUGUGGGCCCUGCAGAUGGCGAUCAUACGGACAUCAGCAAGGACACAGCCCUCCUCUGAGUGCCAGGCACUGUUCUACACACUUUUAUAAAUAACCUCACUUUUACUCUUGUAACAACCCUAAGAUGUGUUAUUAUCCCCAUUUGUUAGAUAGACACUAGGGCCCAGAGAAGUGCUGUGACUUACCCGAGCUCACACAGCCAGGGAGCAAUAGAGCUGCAGUUUAAACCCAGGCGCCUGACUGCAGAAUCCAUGCUCGCGACCUGCACCUCAGUCCCUCAGACCAGAGGAAGGGCCGGUCCUGCAGCUGAGCGUCCAGUGGGCAGGGGAGACUGCAGAACCCAUGCAUAGGUCUCGGCUGCUCGGGGACGUCCACUCGUGACAGUCAGAUGGUCAGCGCUGUGGAGACGACCCAAGCCAGGGAAAGAGGGAGUGAGACAUCUGUGGGGCAUCACCUCCCCAGCAGGGCAUCAGAGCAAAGCACAAUGUGGGGGCGCUCCUGGCAGAGGGGUGAGCAGCUCCAAGCCCCUGAGGCGGGAGCGGCUGUGGGGAUGGGCAUGGUGAGCCCAUGGUGCAGGAUCCGAGCGCUAAGACGCGGUCAGUGAGGGGGCAGGCGCCACUCCUUGGAGGGUCCCCGGCCAUGAUGGGGACGGAGGAUGCGGGUACUUUCUCCAAAUGGGUGGGCGGGCAGCCAGUGGAGUUUUGAGCAGGACAGGCUCUGAGUUGGGUUUUCUGUGUGGUGGGGAGUCUAGGGGAAUAGCCCCGAGGCAGGCAGUGGUGGCAGAGAGCAGAGUGGUGGCCGUGCAGGGGACAGGCUUCUCCAGGGCCCAGCGAGGCAGCAUGGCCCUGGCGAGCGCGAGCCUGCACCCCACUCGGGUCUCAUUGUGGGCGGUGGGCACCCUUUCCUAUCCUGGCCUCCGGCUCCAGCUCUGGCACCUCUCUGAGCCUGCUCUGCCCACUCUGUGAAGGUCCCUGAUGGUCACCAGCAAGAACCACGCAGCCACUCUCAUAACCAGGGUCUCUUCGUCCCACACGGGCCAUGUUUAACCUCCCACCGAGCUCGGUGCCCACCCUGGGGAAGCCCUGGUCGCCCAGUGAAACCUCCCCCUUCCUCACGUUCCCAGGCCAGAGAGGGCAGUGCCGAGAGAGCCCCCAAGGUCAGCUCUGUGCACAGGCGGCCUGCUGCCGUGUCCCCUGCGUCCCUCCCCGGGCCUCGGUUGCCCUGUCUGUGCACCUGGGAGGGCGACAGGUUCCAAAGGGCCUCCAGCUCUAAGCUGUGGUCCUCGUGAUGGCAGGAGGCAUUUGAUGGGCAGCUGCAAUGCUGUGUGGGGCUCCUGAUGCCCUUGAAGACUCCAUUCAAAUAAAGUGCCUAGCAGCCCCCACAAAGCUGGCCUUUGCUGUCCUGGCCAUUGGGAAGUUUGUGACGGGGAGGACCUCUUGUGCCCCAUCCCCCCUCACGUGUGCCCUUCGCUGAAUCUGAUUCUGGCUGGUGGGCCUCACCGCCCUCAGCCCUGAGCUGCUAGGCUGGGGACGGGGCCCUGCCUGCGGACAUCCAGCCCAGGGUCCCAGCCGUGUACCUUCUCCCCCUCCCUCC